AUGGAACAAAACAACCUGCAGCAAGGCGCGGCGCCACCUCAGGCGGCGGCGGGGUACCCGCCGCAGCCUCCGUACCACCCCCUCCUCGAGCAUCAGCAGCAGCAGCUUCAGAUGUUCUGGAAUUUCCAGCGCCAGGAGAUCGAGCAGGUGAACGAUUUCAAAAACCACCAGCUCCCGCUGGCCCGCAUUAAGAAAAUCAUGAAGGCCGACGAGGACGUGCGCAUGAUAUCGGCGGAGGCCCCGAUACUCUUCGCCAAGGCGUGCGAGCUCUUCAUACUCGAGCUCACCAUGAGAUCGUGGCUCCACGCGGAGGAGAACAAGCGCCGUACCCUCCAGAAGAAUGACAUAGCCGCCGCCAUCACUCGCACUGACAUAUUUGAUUUUCUUGUGGAUAUUGUGCCGAGGGAUGAAAUCAAGGAUGAGGUGGCUACCCUCGAGGGGAUUGUGGUCCCACCAGCCGGAGCGGCCGGCGUUACCGGCGUGCCCUACUAUUACCCGCCCAUGGGGCAGCCAAUGAUGGGCCGGCCAGCUGUGCCUGGGGUGGAUCCUGGUGUUUAUGCGCAGGCUUUGCCACCUUCUCAGGCGUGGCAGUCCGUGUGGCAAACCACCACAGAGGAUGGCUCGUAUGCAAGUGGUGGUGGCGGAAGCAGCGGACAUGGCAGCCUGGACGGACAAGGUUGA